AACCGUCGGGCGCAGCAAUAAAGGAGCGCGCUACAGGAGCGCUAGAUCCGCAUUCCGCAGGCACGAGCGGAUUUAUUUUUCCUAUCCGAGCGGCGCCACACGGGGGUUCUCCUUCGAGCAAUCUCCGCUCGGCCCUGUGCCGCCACCACUGACGAGGGCACAGGGAAGGGAAGUGGGGGAAGAGGAGGUGGUGCGCAGCGUGCGGAAUGGCGGCGGCGUCGCUUGUAUCUAGGGGGGUGCAGGUGAGGCGGGAGGGGGUGGCGGCGGCGGAGGAGGAGGACAGGUGGGCGCGGCUGCUGCCGGAGCUGGUGGCGGAGGUGGUGCGGCGCGUGGAGGCGUCCGGUGGGGAGCGGUGGCCGGCGCGGAAGGACGUGGUGUCCUGCGCCUCCGUCUGCAGGCGGUGGCGCGACGUCGCCGUGACGGUCCUGCGGCCGCUGCCCGAGUCCGGGAAGAUCACGUUCCCGGCCUCGCUCAAGCAGCCAGGGCCAAAAGACUUCCCGAUCCAGUGCUUCAUCAAUCGAAACAAGAAGAACUCUACGUUUUAUCUCUACCUUGGAUUUACAAACAAUCUGACAUCCACCACGGGUAAAGGGAAGUUUCUCAUGGCUGCUAAAAGGGUUAGACGGGGUGCUCACACAGAGUACAUUAUUUCUCUUGAUGCUGAUGAUCUGUCACAAGGAAACAGUGCAUAUGUGGGAAAGUUGAGGUCUGAUUUUUGGGGAACAAACUUCAAAAUAUAUGACAGCCAGCCACCCUAUGAUGGUGCAAAGGCGUCAAGCACUCGAUCUAUUCGCUGCUUUGGAAGCAGGCGAAUCAGCCCCCAAGUAUUGUCAGGCAACUUUGACGUUGGACAGGUUUCCUACAAAUACAACCUGCUCAAAUCCAGAGGGCCUAGGAGGAUGUGUUGCACCAUGGAGUGUCCCUCAGUUCAAGAAACCUGGGAGAAUUCCCUCGAGGUGAAGUCUCUAAGGCGUACGGGUACCACUGUCCUUAGAAACAAAGCUCCACGGUGGCACGAGCACUUGCAAUGCUGGUGCUUGAACUUCCAUGGGCGAGUGACAGUUGCAUCAGUUAAGAAUUUCCAGCUGGUGGCUACAGCCGAUCCGACCCAUCCUGAUAGUGCGGGGGAUGAUGAAACCGUUCUCCUGCAGUUUGGUAAGGUUGAUACUGAUAUCUUCACUAUGGAUUAUUGGCGGCCUCUCUCAGCAUUCCAGGCGUUCGCCAUCUGCCUUAGCAGCUUUGGGACGAAGCUAGCUUGUGAGUAACCUUGUUCUUUAGUUCUUCAUGUCACAGUAUUUGCGCACUUCAGCAGUUGAGUCUGCCAAUGCUCUUCUCCGUGCUGUUACCAUGGCUUUCUGAGUUGUUAAGAGUUAGCUUUCCUUCAGGUUAAGGAAUAGUUUCUGCGUCCUGUGCAAGAACUGUACACGUUCAUUUCUCUGAGAUGGAAAAGUAUGUAGGCUUAGCUAGUGCUGAGAAAUGAAAAGAAAAGGGCCUCUUGUAUAUAUGCACUUAGACUGAGGAGCUACAGUUUUCUCUCUUCCUUUGAGAGCCACCAUUUUAUAUAUUGUUGUAAACUUGAUUAUGCAGUUUUGAGUAAUACCAUCAUGGUGAUUGGUGAUCAAAA